AUGAGCCCUUCGCACGUCCACCUCUUUGAGCAUGCGGUCGAUUCUCUCAAGAGGUAUCAGGAGCAAGGCUCUGCUCAUGAUGUCACUCUACUGAAAGAUGCACAGGUGGCCAUGAGCUGCGUGCUUAAUACAAUGAGUGCCAAUACACAAGAUUAUUUCGACAAAGUACAACAUCCAGAGCUUUUCGAGGAGGCGUUUUCACUAAGCGUUAUUGAUGGAUUCGACAGCCACCCAUCGAUCGCGAUCGCUCAAGAGUAUGAGGACCGUCUUUCCAAACAUGGCGUUAAGGGGCUUUUGAAACAGCUGAUCGUGGACCGUGGAAUUCUCCACAGCAAUUACAUGGACCACGACGACCUACCGCCGGAGGCUGACAUGCGAGAUAAAGUGUUGGAGAUUCUCACGAAACUAGGCGAGACAAUGCUAAAAGCUUCAAAGACAAUGCGUCACAUGCAAUGGGAGGAGCAUGGGGAUAUCAGCGACACUGGUCGCAAGGUGGAUUGCGUUUUCAUGUACAAGGGGAUAGAGCUAUCCAACAUCGAGUUUAAGCGUACAGACGUUGGAGCAAGAGACAUUGCAAUCCAGAAUCGCAAAAAUGUACGCUUGGCACGAUGCAUUCAGGAAGUUCAUACUUCUCUAGGAGUGAAAGACCCUUCUGUGUUCAUGGCGGAUGUGCAUGGUUUUGUCGGUAUUUUCUAUCAAGCCAGUCUUGAGACUCAAGCGCCUCUAAUCCAACUGGCAAAAGAGUUCAAUGAGGUGGAGCAAGAGAAAGCGGCAUCUUUCAGACGUGUUAACCGCUCCAUUACGCCUCCACCGCCUGCGAGGAGAUUCCAAGAUCAUGUGCUAUUCACACCUCAGAAGAAGCAAAGGAGAAAGACCGCACCCCUUGAUCUAUGA